CCCCCCCGACUACUCAGCUGUUAGCCUGCAACUCUGUAAAACAACUAAAUGAGUUCUUACUUUGUAAACUCGUUCUCAGGGCGCUACCCAAAUGGUCCCGACUAUCAGCUGCUAAAUUAUGGAGCCAGCAACGCCGCAAUGAACAGCGGGACGUACCGGGACUCCUCCUCUGCCACCAUGCACCAUGCGUCGGGCUCUUAUGGCUACAGUUGCAAUGGGAUGGAUCUGACCGUAACCAGCCGAUUAGGGGGGGGCAAUAGAGCCGCAAACACCGGAGGACACUUCGGGGGAGGCUCGGUGGUCGAGGACUCCAGGGGCUUCGGCUUCAGACAGCCGGCCAGUUGCUUACUUGCCUCCACGGAAAAUUCUCUCAUUGCAGGCGGUCGUGAAAACAUCAAGCUGGGCACACAGAGAUCGUCUCCCCCCUCAGAGGAACCAGGAAGCAGCAACCUCAGCUCUCCAAACCUGCCUUCGUCCAUCGCGGCGGCCGGCGGCGCGGCGCAGCACUUCACAGAACUCGAAGACGCUUCAGCAGGCAGCAAGGACCUGCUCCACAUCCGAGAAGACGGUCAUGGGAGAAAUCCAUCGGCCAAUACCGGGCACUCGCAAGCUGUUCAGAAGCAGGAAGGCGGUCCGGCGGGAUCAGCUGCCGGCAGAACGGGCAGCGACGCGCAGACACCACAGAUUUUCCCCUGGAUGAGAAAACUGCACAUAAGCCAUGAUAUGACGGGCCCGGAUGGAAAACGGGCGCGGACAGCGUACACCCGCUAUCAGACGCUGGAGCUGGAGAAGGAAUUCCACUUCAACCGGUACCUCACGCGGCGGCGGCGCAUCGAAAUUGCUCACGCUCUCUGCCUCACGGAACGGCAGAUUAAGAUAUGGUUCCAGAACAGGAGGAUGAAGUGGAAGAAGGACAAUAAACUGAAAAGCAUGAGUCUGACCUCGGCUGGCACCACCUUCCAACCCUAGGAGGAAAAGCCCUCUGAAAGAACCUUGCCGUUCAGAUCUAUGACAGUUCUGUGAGGUUCGUGGGAGGCAAACAGGACAAAUAAAUAAAUAAAUAAAUAAAAACUUGAAGAAAAACAGAAAUUAAAGAAGAAGGCCAGCGGAAAUGGAGUAAGACGAGAGCGAUGGAGAAAGUAGUCCAAGACAAACCGAGAUUCCAAUUUUUGAUUUGCAAAACAAUGUAUGUUCUCAGAUUAGCAGCUGUAAUGUACAGCAGCGCAGCACUUUUGAUUUGUUUGCUAUAUCGGUAAUUCAGGGCAAAAGAAAAAUAAUGACUGGUAAUCUCAUUCUGAGAUGCGCACACAAGCAUAUAUAUAUAUAUAUAUAUAUAAAUAUAUAUACAUUGCUCAUAGUAGGAGAUGAGUGAAAGUAUGAACCUAAUGAUCAACUUAGACCUUACUUUCUAGCCGUACUAACUGCUUAUCUGGUGUCUUAUGUGUGAAUAUUAUUUUGCUUUCAAGCGGGAUGUUUUGCUUGAUAAUAAGCUUUCUAUUACAACCUCUAAGUUAUUUCCACCCAUUGAAGCUCAAUCCAUACUUGUUUAAAUCUCCAUCCCUCUCCCGUCACUCACCUUGCCACAGUGUUAUUAUUUGCAUCAUGGAAAUCUGCACUCAUUUUUAUUCUCGAAGAAGAGAAAAUGUUUGCUCGAGUGUGUGAAUGAGACAGUGGAAAUGUGCACGCGUGAAUGUUCUUGUUUGUAAACUAAUCGGCCGGUCUUUAUGUCUAUUUCCGUUCUUAUUGCUGUAUAUAUUAUUGAAAGAAGUGCAACGGUGUCCUUUUGUUGUGGUUUUAAUAAUUUGUUGAAUGUGUCACAUCUGACAUACGCAGAAAUUGUGCGGUUUGCAGUUGCAGCCUUGUGUGAGUACGUGGGUGUGUGAUAUAUGUGCGGUACUGUGUCCCUGUAAACUUUCUGUCAGUGAGCUUUUUGUAACUGUUUGUAACAUUAAACAAAUCAUAAUAAAGUUUCUCGCAGUGA